AUGUCCGUAUUAAACAGACUUCCACCUCUUCCUCUAUGUGUGAAGAAAAUGCUGUUUUUGGAAGUUGGGGAGGAGUUUUAUGGUGACAAUAACGCGUUCUAUGCAACAAUGCUACACACUCAAGAAGAUGGAACAAGCUUCAAGAAAACUGGCAUCGAGUUAUUUGGAAGUCUACACAAUUUUUUAAAACAAAUUGACGUACUGCUUAUACAGAACAGAUUACUUUUAUUGGAAAUAGGCGCUUCGGUAUUUGGCACAAUGCAUGAUUUUUAUACGUCAUUAAUUUUGGAACAGGAUGAUCAACCAUCUUAUUUUAUGCAAGAAGGAAUAAGUUUAUUUAUGAAUAGACAGAUUUUUUUAUAUGAAGUAUGUGGAGAGGUCACCCGACAACAGCAUUUAUUUGUUUUUAAAACAGUACGUGAUUGUUUAUAUCACAAUAUACCAAACGUUGCUAUUUUAUUACUGGAAAAUUUAAUAAAUGAAUUGGAAAAUUAA